AUGAAAGUUUUAGUUGAUACUGGUGCACAACAUUGUUUUAUUAAUCGAGCUUCUGACGGAAUUAAUUCAAUUAAAGUAGCCGGUGUUGUACAAUUCGAAUUUUCUAUAGGUGGUGUUAAUACAUCAAUUCCAGCAUUUAUUACUACAAAUUUAUGUACAGAUAUUAUCUUAGGUAUGGAUUAUUUAUUGAAAUAUGAAUUCGAAAUUUAUCCGAAGAAAAAGUUUAUUACAUUUAAUUUCGAUAACCGAAAGAUUACGAUAUCAAUGAAUCCUGAAUCAUCUUCAAACCAUCAUUCAUUACAAUCAUUAAAUUCUAUACAAUCAUCAUUGGUUCAUCAGUUGAAUACACUUACCAUGUCACCUUUCAGCAUCACUCAACAAUCUAUUUUGCAAUUAAUUCGUCAUGUUUCUGAUCCAGUUCAACAUGAAAAACUUCAAUCAUUGUUAUUCAAAUUUGAAUUUACAUUUGAUGCUAAUAAAUUACUCGAUGCAGGACUCGUAUGUACUUCACAAUCGUCGUAUGCAGCUCCAGCAUUGUUGGUAAAGAAGAAAGAUCAAAGUUGGAGAUUAGUUAUUGAUUAUAAAAAAUUAAAUUCUAUUACCAUUAAAGAUAAUUAUCCUUUACCAAAUAUGGAAAUUACUCUACAGUCAUUAGGUGGUGGAUAUUCUUAUUUCUCAAAAUUCAAUUUAAAAUCUGGUUUUUUGGCAAUUUCCAAUUAA